UACGCCAGUGGCACACGAGCUGCCGUCUCGAAAGGUGGUCGCGAUCGACAAUACGGUAUUCCACGAUCUUUUCACGCUUGAUUCAUAUUUGAAAAGCAGCGGUCGUACAGUGGAUACGAUAAUCGUGUUAACGGAAUCUAACAGUAAAAAGAACAAACAGUUCGUGAAGAGAAGAGAAGAGAGUCGAUCGAGUUCGAUCCACUAUAGUUGAAUUUAUGGAAAGAUAAAAUGAAUGAAAAUUAAUCCGAUAGUUGGAAAUUUUUUAUCGCGCAAGUUAUAUAUCGAGGAGGAGGUUCUCGAAUGAGAUUUUCGUGACUCGUACGCAUUAAUUGGAAGGAAACACGUAAUGAGAAAGGAACGAUCGUAAGUUUCGACGGAGGAUCGAUCGCGUCGAGGUGUUUACGAAACGUUCGUAGGAUACGAUUUGCUUGGAUUCGAACAAAGAGGUAUCACGAUUGGGUGAAAAGUGAAUAUUCGCUGUCGUUCGCACUCUCUCUUUCCAACUUUUUCCAGGGACCGAUUUAAUGCGCCGAAACAGGGCGUGAAGUUUGGAUUCGAGGACUCGCUCUAGAUUCAACGGUGAAGCUUCAAAAUGAACGCAUACCUGCUAUUCCUGACUUUAUUAAUUAAUCAUGUUUACGCGCGUGAUAUUGAUUACUGUUUUAAAGAAGAGAAUGAUCCGUAUUUAUACAUGGGCACUAAAACUGCCUACCAUUUUGUCUAUCACAAAGACCGGUUUCAAGAAGUGCCUAAUUGCCACGCAAAGCAAAUUUGGAUGCUCGUUACGCAUGGUACACGAUGCCCAGAAGAGUCAGAAAUCAUCGAAAUGCUCAAACUAACAGAUCUUCAAACUCAAAUAAUUAACAAUCACGAAUCACGAAACAAUGGACACAUGUGCAACAAAGAUUUAGACAAUUUGAAAAAAUGGAAGCCGAGGGAGUAUAUCGUGUUCGAGCGGGCGAAAGUUCUGGCACCACAGGGUGUGGAGGAUAUGAGGUUGCUCGCGAGACGAUUGCAAAGUAGUUUUCCCCGUCUUCUGCAACCGAACAGUAAUGAGAACAUUACCGACCAAGAUUACGUGUUCAAAGAAUCCGAUGCGCAUAACAGUUUGGGCGCGUUUAUGGAGGGAUUGUUCAAGGAUAGAAACGCGGUGCAGGUGGAAAAAGUUCCAGAAAAUGACACUUUGCUCACGAUGUACAAAACGUGCGAUUCGUGGGAAUACAACAACAUUUCCUACGACGAGGUAAUCUCCUUCGAGCAGGGCAAAGAUUUCAGAAAUCUCGUGGAGAACGUCAGCCGACGCCUCGGAUUUUUGUACAACAUUUCCAAAGAUUCGAUUCUAACGAUGUACGAUAUGUGCCGUUACGAAAAGGCGUGGACAGUGACGCAACUCUCUCCUUGGUGUGCCGUUUUCAGCAAAGAGGAACUUCAUGUACUCGAGUAUCGCGAGGAUCUCUACUAUUAUUACAAAGCCGGAUAUGGACGUGAAAUCAAUGCUCGGCUAGGAUGCACGCUUUUGCAAGACAUGAUGAAUCACUUUUGGAAAGUGGAACAGGAGAACGAAUCGAACGAGUCGAACCACCCCAAAGGCGUAUUCUAUUUUAGCGAUACUAUAAGUCUGCUGAAUCUUCUGACAACAUUGAACAUUAAUAAAGAUCAAAUGCAAUUGACGGCUUUUAAUUACAAGGAAAUGGCGAAACGUCAAUGGAGAACAUCCUUCAUAUCGUCUUUCGCAGCAAAUCUUGUCGCUAUAUUUUACAAAUGCGAGGCUAGCGACCAACCGAACAAAGUGAUGUUUUACCUGGCCGAAAAAUUGGUCAUGCUCGACGAAUGUCACGUGGGUCUCUGCGAUUGGGAAUAUCUGAAGCAAAAGUUCAAUCCUGUUCUCAAACAGUGCGAUAUGAAAAUUUGUUGGAACGGUGUCGCCAUUUCUCUGCCCAAUUUCGUUCUCCUUACUCUCUCAUGCUUCUCUUUAAUCUUCAUCAGGGAAUAGAAAGAACGGUAUACGUAUAUAUAUAUAUGUUCUCUUUAUUCGUAAUUUAAAAAGAAUAAACGCAUAAUACGUGAAUCACAAGAAAGCGGAGGCAUUUGAGAGUAAAACUUACGAAAUCUUUCCCCUGUGGAAAAAUAUUUUUCCAACACACAGCUUUGAGAAUAUGUUCAAGAGCGAUUGUGUAAUUUUAUCGAAAUUAACUUAUCGAUAAUCACUCUCCACACGUUUUACUCUCAAACGUAUUUACACACCUUAACACAAGUAUCGAAUUAACCGUAAUUAUAGCUUUAAAUUUAAU